CGGGACGACAGAAGGGGAACGUCAGAAACCACGUUGCCUGCUCGUCCAGCACAUCAGGGCUCACACAAAGUAUUAGCAGGCUUUUGACUUUCUUCUCCCCUGUACGAGCAUUUGACCUGCACGCACCCAGCGACCAGACGCAGGCAGGGAGAGGCACCAAGAGAGGUGCGCGCCGGAGCAACUUGUUUGCAACCUUCAUCCCCCCAAGGCCGCGCGGAGCCACGGGGUUCAUAUAAUUUCACACCUAGCACAAUGACGCAGUGCAUGCCACAACGACUCGCAACGAUAGCCUAAGGGGAUCCGUCUGGGGCUGGACGUUCGACGAAUCCGAAUUGCGAGAGCCUAGAAGGAGCGUUCUACCGUCGGCCAGCUCGCAUCCGUGGACCACAAUCACAAUCACAACCAGCAGCUAUCAUGGAUCCACGAUUUCAACAACCACAGCGCUCCGCCGGCUUCUCACCACAGCCGUCGCCGCAGAGGGGGAAUGCUGUCCCGCCGGCGGGCAGACCGCAAGGACAGAUGACACGCGCGGAGAAAUUCGAGGAUGAGAAGAGGAGGAUCAUUGAGAGUUGUUUCUCAAAGUACGAUGACUCGGGGCAACUGUCAGAGUCGUACAUCACCCACAUUCGCGUCACCGAAGACUCCUCCUUUCCACAAACUCCACACCCUCCCGACUCUCCUUCUGCAAACAAAGCCCGCAUUAUCAUUGUCGCCGUCCGCAACACUGGCCGCGUACGCGUCCACAAGGCCCGCGAAAACGCAAACUACACUUUCUCCAUCGGAAAAACAUGGAAUCUCGAGGAUUUGUCGGCGGUCCAGUCUUGGAACAUGUUCCAGCCACGCAAUGCCGAAGAAGAGACCCAGAAAUCUUGGGCAGGCGACACUGGCUUCACGGUGACGAUGGGCAAACCGUAUUUCUGGCAAGCUAGCACGGCUAAAGAAAAGGAAUUUUUCAUUGCUAGUUUAGUGAAGAUUUAUCGGAAAUAUACUCAGGGCAAGAUCCCGGAGCUUAUUGGGUUCCCACAGAAAGAUGUAGAGGCUAUGCUUGGGGGGGGAAGCGUGCAGCAACAGGGGGGGCCAAGGAACCCAGUUGGCGCCUCCUCGCCAUCUGGGCCAGCGCCGCAGAUUCCGCCAUUCAGUCCAGGAAGACAACAAAGAGGGCCUCUGGGGGUGGAUGGGCCAACGUCACCACCUGGUGCGUCGCUCGAACCACCUCCACGGAACAGGCCGCCUACAGCGAAUUCAGGACAGGCCGCUUUCUUCGGGCAGCGGUCGCCUUCGUCUCAAACGUCAAAUCCGCCACCAGGUAGCCUGCAAGGUAAUAUUUAUUCUGAUCCAGCUAUCAACCGCAUGCCAAGCCGAGAACAGAUGCGACCACCUGGCCGUAUCACACCUUCAGCGUCAAUGACAAACCUGAAUGCGCAGAGGCCGCGGGACAGAACUCCGGACUCGGUGCAAAUGCGACCUCAGACAGCGGGGCGAGGCGCAGAGCGGCGUUCGCCAUCGAGGACUCGAGGAGAAGAGAUGGGAUUAGGAAUAUCGGGCCGUCCAAAUGGAGCACAACCGCUCCUCGGCGAACAGAUUCCUCCACUUCCUCGUCCAGGCCCUCCAAAUGGGUUUGGUGACACAGGACGCAUGCGCAAUGGUUCACAGGGCUCUACCGACUCUCUCCAAGAUGCGUCGUUACCAGAGCGGAGACGUCCUCCUAUGAUUGGUGCGCAACCAAAUGGCUCCCAAGCAAGCUUCAAGUCUUCUAGUGCUGUGUCGUUACGUCCUCCUGGAAGUGGUGUCGCGAACCAGGCCUCCGCGAGCACAGAGAGUCUUCUUAAAGGACGAGAGAGGAUGCCAGGAGGAUUCAUACCUUCCCCCGCGCCAUCUCAGGACCUUGAAACGGAUGGCUUAUUGCCCGCUCCUCUUUCGCCAAAGUCAAGGAUGGAUGGCGCAACUCCCAUGCUCACACCAGAGACACCUAGUACUUCUGCCGUAUCGCCUCCGGCCUCCGCAGAAUCCAAUCUCGAAUCUACAAGUGACCCAACCCCUGUCAAAUCGGAAGAUGAAACCAAAAAGACUGUGGAGGAAGAAGUAGCUAGGCCAGGACUGGGCCGCAUGUUUGGUGGCAACAAGAAGACUGCUAGGGAAAUGUUCAAAACGGCGGCAACAGCCUAUGGAGCCUUCGUGCCCAGGCCAGGAGGUGCAGGAGCUAGGCUUCGCGCCGGUGGAGAUGAAAAAGAGAAGGACUCUGAUGGAAUUUCGGGCGUCUUUCAGGCUCGGAACUUGAACAGGAUGAAAACGGACGACAGCCUUAAGUCGACCGAGUCUCCCAAGGAGGAUAACUCCGUACAAGCCACUCCCACGUCGGCCAAGGGUGCGGCGCCGCCACCAGAAAUACCGGCCGCAGAAACGCUUCCCCAGGUCACUGUGUCCAGUCCUUUAUCCCCUCCGAAAGGAGGGGAGAAAGAGCGGCCAGUACUACCUGUGGGACCAGAUCCAGCUCUAGAGGCAGCCAUGGCAGCGGCAGCAGCGCAAAAGAAAGCCAAACUCGCAGAGGAAGAGCGCCGGAAGAAGAGACGAUCUGUAACUCAAAUGAAGUAUUUCUCCCGUUUGGGCGUUGACUCGGCUUUCUUUGAGGGCAAGGGUCUGGACUUCGAAGCUGCUCUUGAAGACAUCGGAUGGGGCACUACUUCAACUUCAGCCAAGUUCAAGAGCGUAGAAGCGCUGGAAGCGGAUAUUAGAAAAGAAAUCGCGAGGGUGGAGGCCGGUAGUUGGUUAGGUCAAAGCAGCCUCGAUCAAAAGGAUGAACGGAUUGAUGCCGUUGAGAAGUUACUAGACAAGGCAAUCGCGGAGUGUGAUGAGCUCGAUGGACUGCUCACACUAUACAGCGUAGAGCUGAGCAGUCUUAAUGACGACAUUGCUUUCAUUGAGGCUCAGUCGCAGGGUCUGCAGGUACAGACAGCGAACCAGAAAUUACUUCAAUUGGAGCUGCAGAAUCUGCUCAAGACCAUAUCGAUUGGGCCGCGUGAGUUAGAGCCUCUAAAACGACCUAUGCCUAGCACGCCACAGGGACUGGAGAGUAUUGAGCAAGCGCUGCUCGGAUUGUAUAAAGCAAUGGUUACGAUCGACCCAGGUAUCCGACAAAAUGCCAAGGCCGGGGCUAAUGGAGGGAAUGCAAGCGGAUCGUCCGAGUUGAGUUCAAUGGUUGCCCUGCAAGAGAAAAGUGACCAGUUUCUCUCUGAGUGUUCGAUGUUUCUGAAGAGAUUCACACAGCAUAUGGAUCUUACAUUCGGCGCGGCCAUGCUCUCGGCGAGGGACAUUAUUUCCAGGACGAAGGGGGCUAAUGGAGCCAAGAUGAGCACAGAGCCUUUCGAUGCUGCAAGAGCAGAUUUGUGGCCGUACAGCCCAUUGAUGCUAUUUGCCAAGGAACUGGAUCGCCCUUCAUGGGAUAUUCUAAUGAGAAUGUAUCAAAGCCGUGCCAAGCCACUCUAUGCCGAAGAGUUCAGCGCGAAUGUGCUUGUGUGGAAGAAACUCUCGCUUAAGCUUUCAACCGACGAAACUGAUGCUCUCCUUUUCACACACAACGCCGAGAAGGAAAACGAGAAUAUGGCCGCAACAGCACGUCGCAUAACUGUGAAACGUAGCCAGACACUUGCGAGAGGGUUAAGACAGGCUUCUUCUGAAAAAGACAAAGAACGAAGUGCGAAGGGCGCCCCCGCAGGCAGUAUGUUCCCAUUCGACGCAUUUAAAGGGGCGCUGGAGGAAAUGACCGGUCUGAUUGCCGUCGAGCAGAACUUUAUUGUAGACUUCUUCCAUGCUACCGGCACUGAAAGUAUAGAUUUUGCAGAUGCUGUUGCCGCUGCGCCACCCGAAGCGCGCCGAGGAGGAAACAUAUAUGGACGCAAGGCUUUCGAACCUGAUCGCGAGAUGGCGAAGAGGGUUAGCAAUGCGAUGGAAGACGUCUUCGGUUCAUUCGAUAAAGAAAUCUCGGCGCUUAUCAAAUGGGCAACUGACAUGAGUCCUUUGCAGGGCAUUGGCAUCAUGUAUGCUCUUAACAAGACGAGCGCGCAAUACGAGGACACGAACCAGGACUUCCUAAACAGGAUCAUUGCCACACAAACACAACGCCUUAGUGGACUAUGGACUAAGUUCGUUGAUGACCAGGUGCGCGCUAUCGAAGCCACCAAGGUCAAGCUAGAUAAGCGCAAAGGCGUCGUUGGCUUCAUCAAGACUUUCCCCGACUUCUCAACUGCAAUCGAAAACCAAUUACCACCCGCAACGGAUGAACCUGCUAUGAAUAGUGAGGUCCGUGCGAUGGUCGACGCCGCUUACGAGCGCAUCAAUAAAGCAAUCUUUACGACCAUUCGCCGACUAGCUAAAGAGAUCCAGGCAGCUGGUUCAUCAGGUGCCGCAACACUGGGUGCAGCGCGCGAGGAGAUCGAGGAGAAGAAUGCUCUCAACUCCCAUAUUCUCCUCAUUGAAAACAUGAAUCACUACGUCGAAGAGGUGGACGCGCGGGGCGACCCUGUCCUCGAAGCUGGUAAAGCGGAUGCAAGGGAGGAUUUUGAGGACCACUUGGGAGUAUAUGUUGAUAGUGUUGUGCGGAGGCCAUUGGGAAAGAUCAUGGAUUUCAUAGAUACAAUCACUCUGGCAAUGCAGGCCCUUCCUCCAACGGCCUCGCCAACGUCCCUCGCAACACGAGUGCAGACCUCGCGCAACAACUUUGCCAAAAUGCUCAAGGACCACAACGCUAGAAAGCCGCGUGAGAAGGUCAAUGAGCUCACUCGCCGAGUAGAGAAGCAUUUCCUCGAGGGUGACGAACAGAAUCUAAGCAGAGAGCUUGUGAAUAAGGUCCUGGCCAGAUGCGAGGAGAAGUACAAUGCUGUCUUCGAAAAGUGCCAAGAGCUAGGACGUGAAGUGUAUGAGGGUGGCGUCGAGGGAUUGGAUGCGCUAGGUUCCAGGGACGACGUCGCCAGGUGGUUUAGAGGGGCAAGAUGAUGAAUGUCUAUGUUGAUUUCUUGGGACAUGUGCAUUGCGUCUUAAAAGCUUCACUGCAUAUUGGAAGUCAAUUUCGACUGGGAAAUCAUUUUCGUAUGCAGAAGAACAGGAUUGUUCUUGUAUAGUCGAUGUACGGUGUUUUAUUUAUCUCCUGACUGAUGCCUUCGUCACACUAUGUUUUCUUCACGCAAUUGGAACUGGUUCUCUCGAAGGCGCCGUUUGGACUUACGCUAGUGACCCUUUUAUUAUCAUUUUGCCGA